CGCCAGUUCAAGAAGCAGCAUGCUAGCAGUACACUGCAUGCACUCUCCAGGCUGUAGUGUAGAUCCACGCGGUCGUUUUUGGAAAGAUCAUUGAUUUCCGCGUCGGUCUCGAGCGCACUGGCCUGAGCUGCUGCGCUUAUGUGCUGUGCACAAGUGGCGAUCUUUCCCUGACUUCGACACUUUGUACUUGACGACUAGGUGGCUGGUUGUGAAAUUGAACCAAGGAAGCGUCUCCCAACUGCAAUCGAUAUAACUGCAUUGCCCACUCAACGAUGAACAGUUUCGAGCAAGUAGACACUGGCGAGUGCGAUGUAAGCAGCACGACGUCGACGGUGGACGAAUCGAGGCAAGGCUCUAGCUCUGCUGGCGAGAUGGAACCAAGCGCACCCAGAACACCAACCUCGACCGCUAGACCAGGCUGCACAGUGGACGAAUAUCGCACUGCAGACUAUCCGUUUGCCGCCCUGGCCAGCGGCAGUGGCCGGUCAUCGGGUGGCACCGGGAAGUCGGCGGCAGCUAGCUUCCUGCCGAUGAAUUUGACAGGCACGCCGGCAACAGCUAGCUCCUGGCUUAACUCGUUAGCUACAGUCACACCGAUUGGAGUGCCGGCGGUAGCCAGUCAGGGUAUUGCAACUGCACCAGCAGCCAUGGCAGCAGCAAAGACCAAUCUCAGUAGCAGUAGUAGUAGUAGUAGAGACACAGACACCUUUGGUCAAUAUCACUCUUUUGAUGACGAUGACGACGACGACGAUGAAGAAGACGAUAUGUCGGAGCAAGAACAAACGCCGCAGCAGCAGCAGCAACAAGUAAAGGGCGAAGCAGAAGAGGACACAAAGCCGUCGUCGACCGUGACUGACUGUGUCGUGUGCGGACCUGGCGACAAAGUCACCGGCAAUCACUUUGGCGCGCAGACGUGCGAGGCGUGCAAGGCGUUCUUCCGGCGCACGGUGCGUGCCGAUCGCUCCUACUCGUGCCGGAUGGACCGGACGUGCGAAAUCACGCGAGAGACGCGCACCCAAUGCUCUUACUGUCGCCUGCAUAAAUGCCUGCGCGUGGGCAUGAAGAAAGAAUUGGUGCAGGUCCCGCGUUGGGAGGGAGAACGUAGGCUGAAACCGUCGCGCAAGCUGAAGCUGACUGUACAGGAUGGCCGUUCACAGCAGGUGCGGCCCGGUGACAGCCAGUCAGCACAUUACAUCGACGACAUGCUGCAGCGCUACCCGAGGAUGAGCGAGGCGGCACCGAUGCCAGCCAUCAGCGAUCUACAAGUGAUGGACUUCUACCAGGAGUUACCGGAGGAGGACGGCACCGUGCUCGCAAAGCACAUGGAGGACGCAGAGCGCCGUAUCAGAGAGCGCGAGCCCCAGCCCUCUGGCACUGCGCAGCCGGUUAGAAGCCUGAACGAGGUCGUGCUCGCGUUGCGCGCAAUGCUGCUGAAGGUGAUCGACUGGGCUCAGUCGCUGCCGGAGUUCAGGGAGCUCGAUCCUCCCACGCACAAGGCUGAUGUUCUCCGCGUCUGCUGGAUGGAGCUGAUCACAUUCAGCAUGAUGACACAGGCACAAGAUGGCGACCACCAUGACGGCAUCAUGCUCGGCACCCAGCAGUUUAUCAGCAAAGAGGACUGCUUUGACGAAGAACUCGGGCAUCUGAUCGGGCGCUUGGUCGACGAGCGAGGCAGGUUCCGCGCGUUCAACUUGUCCGAGUAUGAGAAAGGCUGCAUCCGAGGCAUACUUAUGUUCUAUCCAGAAAUGCACAGCGGCAAGGCGCAGCUGAGCAAGCGCAUGACGUUCUUCCAGGACGGCCUCAUGGGCAUGCUGAUGGAGCAGUGCAUGGCCGCGUACAACCACCGGCGCUCCAACCGCUACGGCAAGCUAAUGAUGCGAAUCCCGGCGCUGCGCACGCUCAGCGCAGAGCUGCUGCGCUACCUGCUGAUCAACGACGGCACGUUCUUCAACACGCCCGAGCAGACUGGCACGGCCGUCGGCGGGGCCACCAACAGCCACGGUGUCAACACCACGCUAAACGCACUGCUCAUUUUGCCGAUGAACGAGUGACCGGCAGCAGGGUGCUUGGCAUUUGGAUGACAACUUUUCAAACAAGGAGCUUCUCCAAAGAGGAUGUGAAGGACCACCUGUGUCAUUUUAGGACUAGGAGCCGUAUUUCUUCUUCUUCAAAUUCAUAGUGACUAUUUUGCAAUGCAUACAUACAGCUUAUCAAUCUCCAGGGCCGAUUUCCAAAACAAUUCCUUCAUCGACUGCGGAUUUAUUCCAGUUACAUAAUCGUAUGUAUAAUAUUCCCCCCCCCCCCCCCCCACCAAAUCCGCUGGCUAAAGUUUUGUACCACGUGUAUAUAUGGAUUUUCCAAACUUACCACACAAAUGCAAUUUUGUUUCCUGUUGAUCCUGAUGCCUCCCGGUCUGUUCCUAUCGUUCUCACUGAUAUAGCGUCGUGUACAACGACGAUUCCUGAUGAGUGUUAUAACAUUUUGUCCUCUUCUAUUCUCGGAUUUGUUUCCACUGUUGAGGAAGAUAUCAAUCACUCCAAUACAAAGAUAUUUUCACUUCCAAUUUUGAUUGCUUGGAUCUGCAUUUGAAAAUCAUAUUUUUACACAAUGUAUGUGUAUUAUGCCUUGAUUUCUUCACCAAUUUUGUUAAUUAUUGUGUUUGUUUUACCUGUAAAAGAGACUUACCGACUGAAAAAAUGCAGGAAUCGCA